CGAGUUUCGAUAAACGGCUAACAGUGCCGUACUCACCACGGUGCGCCCAACAGCACACGCAGCCGGCUGUGGUGGGUUCGCUGGACAGGCGGUGCGGUGAAUAUACUAGUUGCUGGAGCUUGCCGCAAAAAAGAAAACGAAACAGAUCGAAAAACACAGCAAACAGCAAAACUAUACGCCAUUAAUUACCCGAUAAACUUACCGAUGGCCGAUAAGCACCGGCUAAGUGACCCGUAACACCCAGCGAUAAGAUUGGAGUUAAAUUUGGGUUUGGCAUCCGCAUCGAAAUCGCCGCUAUCGGAAUUCACUUGCUCACCAGCCACCGCGCCGUCCAAGACGUCCACGUUUUUGAUCCAGAAAUCCGCACACACACCCAUACACUGCCAAGAUGCCCGAAUACGUGCCGGCACGGGGCUUCAAGGAGAUGGAGAACCUGAUCAAGCUGUACGAGAACCAGCGCAGCCCCAUCUACAUCUACUUCUACGGCGAGAAGGACAAGGAAGGGCGCAGCUGGUGUCCGGACUGCGUGGCGGCCGAGGAAACUAUCAUGAGUGCCUUCCGCAACCACGCGCCGGCGGAUUGCUUGAUCCUGGUGGUGGACGUGGGCAGCCGGGAGUUCUGGAUUGGCAAGGACAACAUGUUCCGAAAGCCGCCAUACUCGGUGGACGGCAUACCGACCCUUAUACGCUGGAAGGGCGUGGAGCGCCUGGACGGGGAUCAGCUGCUCAAGUCGAGUCUCCUGGAGCUCUUUUUCGAGGAGACCGAUCCGAAGAAGUCCAAUUUUGUCGCCCAAUAAAACGUGAUUUGGCUUUGGCUUAAACUCA